AUGACACCUGUGCAGAAUGAAGGCCUGCGAAUUGGUGGUUACAAGAUUCCAGUUAUAGAGAAUCUGGGGGCGACUCUGGAUCAGUUUGACUGUAUUGACUUCUCUGACAAUGAAAUCCGUAAACUGGAUGGUUUCCCGUUAUUGCGGAGAUUGAAAAGUUUACUGCUGAACAACAACCGUAUCUGUCGGAUAGGUGAAGGUCUCGAGCAGGCGUUGCCCAAUCUGCGGGAGUUGGUACUCACCAACAACAAUUUACAGGAGCUGGGUGAUCUAGAUACGCUUUCAACCAUCAAAUCUCUUACGUUCCUGAGCAUCCUGAGGAACCCGGUAACAAGCAAGAAGCAUUAUCGUCUAUAUGUGAUCCAUAAAGUUCCACAGGUUAGAGUCCUGGAUUUCCAGAAAGUGAAACUGAAGGAACGUCAGGAAGCGGAUCGAAUGUUCAAAGGCAAACGUGGGGCGCAACUUGCAAAGGAUAUUACCAAGAAAACAAAGACUUUCACACCAGGUGCAGGAUUGUCAGGAGAGAAGAAAAAGACUGGUCCUUCUGCACCUGAAGUAGAAGCAAUUAAGAAUGCUAUUGCCAAUGCAUCAACACUGGCUGAGGUGGAGAAACUGAAAGGCAUGCUGCAGGCUGGACAGAUCCCAGGGAGGGACAGGAAGUCUGGUCCUACUGAUGAAGUUGAGGAGGAAGAUAUGGAAGAAGAUCCAGUUACCAAUGGCAAUUAAUAUAUGCUUGUGUUAAGUCCUUGUUUCACAGCCUCCACUUUUGAGGGAGGGUUCCUCAGUUUUGUGUGUUGGUGGAUGAACUCAGGCCUCAACAGGAGCCUGUUUGGCUUUCUAUAUCUCAUUCCCAAUUGGCUGGUAGUAGGUAUAAAGGCAUCUCCACCAGCUAACACUUGUCAGUGCUCACUACAGUAAAUAUUGGUUUCUGUUGCAUUUAUACUGUUGAGUAGCAAAUUCACCCAAAUGUAAUUAUCAUGUUCAGACUAUAAAAUGUAAAUUUUUGUUUGCCAGGCAGUUUUGAUAAUAAACGUUUUUUUUAAGUUUCAA